CUAGCUGCCUAGCUUUCAAUGGGUCAAAUACAAAUUCCUCAAUCGUCAUCAAUUUCACUCCCCCACAGUUCCGAUCAGUGGAAACCAGCUGCAGCCUCGUCGCCAGCACCGUCGACCAUCAUCAGCACCGGAGACUAGUGGGCGGCGUCUUGCCGCUGGCUAGCCAUUACAGGCUACACCCAGCCAAACCCCACCGCCAGCGAUGACUGUUAGUCGUGUUAGUUGCUCUCAGUCAUCUACACGCUCCUCCCUUCUCCAUACCAGUUAGCAACUGCUCGCGACCUCCCGCAGGCAAUUAACUACCCGCACCGACGACUGCUCUGUGACAUUGUCAGGCAUCCUCGCUCCCCUAUCCAUUUUAGGCUUUGGAUGAAGGAAGGAAUUUCAUCUUUCGAUUGAUUUUGGUUAAUUGAUUUUGUUGUACUUUAAGUGAAAGGUUUACAGGUUGGACAUUUGAAAUAGAUGUUUAGAAUUAAAGGUAGAUUAUCGACAAAGCUAUUGAAUAUAACUGUAGCAUCUCUUUGUAAAGCCAAACAACUAGAAGAAGCAGAAACAGUGAUACUUGAUGGUGUAAAAAUAGGAGUGACAGCAGAUGUAGUGACUUACAAUACGCUGAUCACAGCAUACUGUCAUUUUAUAAGCAUUGAUGCAAGUUAUUCUUUUAUUCAUAGGAUGAAAGAAGCUGGGAUUAAGCCAGAUGUUAUUACGUAUAACUCUUUGAUAGCAGGUGCAACCAGACAUGGCUUGUUGUGUAGAUGCCUUGAUCUGUUGCAAGAAAUGCUCCAGUUGAGUGUUCUUCCUGAUACCUGGACUUAUAAUACAUUAAUGCAUUGUUUGUUUAGAUUGGGAAAAGCAGAUGAAGCCUUCAAGUUCUUCCAGGACAUUUUCUUGGGAGAUAUACCCCCUUGCCCAGUCACUUUUAAUAUUUUAUUUACUGGUCUUUGCUGUAGUGGGCAUACAAAGAAGGCUCUAAUGUUAUUUAGGAACUUGAAGGAUUGUGGGUUUAUUCCACAGUUGGUAACAUACAACAUUCUUAUUCACGGGCUUUGCAAUUUAGGACGAUGGGUACAUGCAAUAAAGCUUCUCAUUGAACUAGUGCAUAGAGGUUAUAACCCAAAUGCCAUUACUUAUACUACAGUAAUGAAAUGCUGUUUUAGGUCAAGACAGUUUGAAGAAGGGCUUCAGAUAUUGGAAGAGAUGAGAAGGAAAGGAUUUAUAUUUGAUUCAUUUGCAUACUGUACAGUCAUUAGCUUUUUAAUUAAGGCUGGCAGGAUGGAGGAUGCAUAUGAUUGUGUCAGAAAUAUGAUCAUGAAUGACAUUGAGUUUGAUUCUGUGGCUUACAACACCCUUAUUUAUUUCUACUGUAAGGAAGGGAAACUGGAUGAUGCCUAUAUGUUGGCGGAUGAUGCAGAAAGAAGAGGGUUUGAUUGUGACAUAUACACGCACACCAUUUUAAUAAAUGGGCUAUGCAAGGCUGGAAAUAUGACAGAGGCAAUUCGACAUUUGAACUGCAUAAAGCUGAUGGGUUUUGCUUCAAGCAUUGUUGCUUUCAAUUGCUGUAUUGGCGGGUUAUGUAAAGUUGGUGAGGUCGAUCAUGCGUUGAGGCUGUUUAGAUUAAUGCAAGAGAAAGAUUGUUUUACCUAUUCCACACUGGUGAAUGGUCUUUGCAAGGCUAGGAGGUUUCAUGCAGCAUCUGACCUAUUGCUUUCUGGUAUCAGAAAUGGUUUGAAGAUUCUGAAAUCAGAUGUGCGAGCAGUUAUUGAUGGUCUCCAGCAUUCUGGCUUUAUGCAUGAAGCCAGGGAACUCCAUUCUAAAAUCCAGCUGGCCAAUAUGUUUAACUACAAGUAACCUGUCAAAAGUGCAAAGUUGGUGGUGAUGUGAUUACUUGACUUUCCGUUUCUGCUAGGGAGAGAUGUUUUCACAAUUCAACUGGUGAGAAUAAAGUGUAAGUGAAUCUAGCAUCUUAGGCUCUUUGGAGACUAGGAGUAUGCAGCCCUUUGGACCAGUUUGAGGUAUUCCAAAAAAGAAUGCCUCAUGAAGCGAUUGAUCUAGUUUCCCAGCUUCCAAUACUCGCCAAGCUUCAGCUGUAGUUCUGCUCCAUGUCCAAAGUGAGGGGAUGACGAUAGAUCACACCACUGCUUGACAUAUAGUUAGCUGCAGCUUCACCUGGGAUAUUCAACCACCUUGAUAUCAUGGGAGCCAAAUAAAAUCACAUCAAUAUUAUUGAAACAUAAGUUCGUGAAGAGUAUUUCUAUCAUUUGCAAUGGAGCCAAAGAUUCAUUAUUUUUUGGCUUGAGAUUAUGAUGGAAUAAAGCAAAAUGGCUCACUAAAUUGUUUGCGCUUCUUUGUUAUGAAGCAACAGUUAAUCCAUGCAAUUUUGGAUGAGAUUUUCAAUAUGGGUCAUCCGGAAACAGUCUCUCUGUGCUUUUGUACAGGGGUAAGACUGCGUACCCCACCGUAGGUGGGAACCUUUGCGGCACCGGGGUAAAUGAAAAUGAAUAAGUUCCUGAAGAGGAUGAAUGUGAUGUUAAACCAUAGGAAUGUUGGAUGAUAAUGUAAAUACAGUGUUUUGGAACAAAAUUCUUGGGGGCUGGUCGUUUGUGCACACCUAAAAGUUGAUUCUACUGGCUCUCACUGUUCUUACUGCUCGUUUUUUGAAGAAACGUGUCACUUUUGUGUCUGUAGUUCUGUACAUUGUUUUGGACAAGGGAUGAUAUAUCAAGUGUCUUUUAGUAAUUCCUUUGUUUAUGAGAAGUUUUUUUACCAAACACUAACUUCUUAAUUUCGUG